CAGCAGGUGCAUAUUUGCCGUGUAGACACAGCUCACACAGAGAACUGGCACUGACACUUGAAAAGUGGAAAUCAUACAAGGCUGCUGCUGAUUGUCCUGGAGCGUAACAACCCUCUGCAUCCUAUUGAGGCUCGCGCUGUAGUGCCAUGUCGUCCCCGUGCCUCAGCAGCAUCUUGACCAACGCCAACAUCACCAUGUAUCAGACUGGCAGCAGUGACGUCCCACCACAGCUGCCCAGCAUCAACACCCUGCAGAUCAGCAACGCAGCAUACAACGCCAACAUGAGCGGUCAGUGGUACAAGCAGAUCAGCCCUCACUUCUGGACGGCAGAAAACGUUCUGGACUGGAUCAGCGACCACGUGGAGAGCACCAAGUUUGAUGCGAGCACCCUAAGUCUGGCCUACUGCGCCAUAGACGGCCCUGCUCUGUGCCAGAUGAGCCGGGAACAGAUGAUUGGGGUCUUCGGCACGCAGCUUGGCCCACACCUCCAGCAGAGUCUGCAGGAACACAAGACCAAAUAUGAGCUGCAGAGCCUGUCGGGAUCGGAGCUGAACGAGACCUGCCAGCUCUUGGACAACUUCUUGGACAACCUAAACUUCCCUCUGCUCAGCACCAUUAGAAUUGGCCAAGGUGAAGGGUUUGUCAGCAAGAAGGAGUUUGACUGCAGGGAUGAUUAUGAUUAUAUUAGUCUGAGCCUGGAGCCCAUGACAUCUCUGGGGGACACUGAGUACCUGUCUGAUAACCAGUCUGACAGCGAGUGUAGCUCCUCCAACAGUGGCAUGUUUGACUUCUCACCCGAGUCUGGCAGUGGCGAAUCAGACCCGGAGUUCUCCUACCCUCUGAUUUCAAAGGCGAACGUCAAAACAGAGAAAGGAGAGUGUCGACUGAAGCGACCACGGGGACGACCUCCCAAAGUCAGCAGAGAGCACAGCAGCAGCAGCAUUUAUGGCAGUCCAAAGAAAAACAAACACGCUCCUCGUGGCACACACCUGUGGGAGUUCAUCAGGGACAUUCUGAUCCACCCAGAGAGGAACCAGGGUCUAAUGAAGUGGGAGGACCGCCGCGAGGGCGUAUUCAAGUUCCUCAAGUCCGAGGCUGUGGCGCAGAUGUGGGGCCAGAAGAAGAAGAACAGCAGCAUGACGUAUGAAAAACUCAGCCGGGCCAUGAGGUAUUACUAUAAACGAGAGAUCCUGGAGCGAGUUGACGGCCGGAGACUCGUAUACAAAUUUGGAAAGAACUCCAGCGGCUGGAAGACGGAGGAGACGGGCAUGUGAGACGCCAGUCACAGAGCGGGUAGAAACCAAAAAAUAGCCUUGCUGCCCCCACAGACACUUACUUCCUCUUGAAAGGAAGAUGUUGCAGAAAAUGUAAGCCAUUGUUUUUGGCUCUAGUAGGUUUUAUGAACCAAUAUUAAUGUAUUGUAUGUUUGAUUGCCACAGCAAAACUUUACUAAGUGCCCACUAACGUAAAUGGACAUAAUUUUGGAUGCUUGUGAGUUUUGUUAAGCACCUUCUUUAUUGUUGUAGUUUUUUCACAAAUGUACAGAAUUGACUUUGAUGUUUGUGUUUAAUUUACUUUAGUGAUGUAAUUAGCUCAUUGUCACCUGUCACUAAAGCGUUUUCUUUGGCAUACGGGCAGUAAAGACUUAAUUGUGGCACUGAGAAUGUUAUAUUUCUUGUUUCUACUUUCUUAUUACUGUCUUGUUAUUCACAAUGGGUACUAAUGUCAACAUGUAAAUGUAAAAUGAGUUGUGUAUCUGAAUGUAGGACCAAAUUUUGAAAUCUGGUCUUCUAAAGGUUAACUCAGAUUGAAGGACAAACCCAGAGCAGAGAAAACUAGGGUGAAAUAAAUUAAGUUAAUUCACAUUAAAACAGUAAUGAUAUGCACUACAUGUCUAUUGGUAUCACUUAUUAUAAAGUGUGUUUACACAGUGUAAAAAGUAGUUUUGGGAGUAACUAUGUCACUUGUCUUUUACAUGAUCGUCACCUGUAAAUAACUUUUUGUUUUAAUCAGUCAGAAAUCAGUUGCACGCUGUUUGUAUGAUCUCUUUUUUAAUAACAUGUUAAUGUGAUUAAUCCAUUUUGGAUUGAUAAAUGUAUGUGGAGUUUAUAUCAUACCACUAGUAAUAUCUUUUAAUUAAUGGCAUUGUUUUUCUAUUAAAAUAAUACAUUUUGACAUGUA